UCCUCCUCCCCUCUUUCCCCCCAUCUCUCUCCGCUGCUGCUCCGUCGCCAAUCCCUCCUUCCCUUCCACAAGAAAGACACACCCUAGUCUCUAGCUCGCGCGGCUCGCCGGACGGAUGGACCCUCAGCAGCCGGAACCCGUCAGCUACCUGUGCGGAGAUUGUGGAGCUGAGAACACGCUGAAGCCGGGAGAUGUUAUCCAGUGCCGGGAGUGCGGCUACCGCAUCCUCUACAAGAAGCGGACCCGCCGAAUUGUUCAGUAUGAGGCACGCUGAAGACAAGGGAGCAACAUGCUAUAUGCUGUGUAAGGUGUUGGUUGUGCCUCUAGCAGUGUAACAAGUGUCUUGGGAGAAUGACUCCUGGGAAAUAGAAUUACAAUUACUAUGUGUGUAACCAACCGUGCAUUGAACUUGGUCUGAAAGUGCUGAAACGUUCGAGAUUUUCAGAGACUUGUGUUGAAGCUACAUGAUUGAUACGUUUUGACCUCUGGCAGGUCAGGUCCGAA